AGAAAAUGUCAAAGCAGCUCAUUACCUUUGAUUUCGAUUGGUCUUUAUCCGAGCAGGAUACCGAUCGCUGGGUCUUCGAAGUACUCGAUCCAAAAAAGAGAAGACAGAUGAAAUCACUGAAAUCUACAGUACAAUGGACCGAUUUAGUCGCAAUGAAAAUGAAGGAAUUGCAUGCUGAUGGUAUCACAAGGGAACAAGUUGAGGAAUCUCUCCGUCAAAUGCCAUUUCACCCUGCUAUGAAGAGAGGUUUAAUCAACCUUAAAGAGCGUAAUAAGGACAUUGACCUCGUUAUCCUCUCAAACUCAAACGAAGUUUACAUCAGGACUAUCCUUGAGCAUCAUAAGAUAACACACUUGUUUGACUCUAUCAUUACCAACAGAGCAAGCUGGACAGAAGACGGCUGUUUAGAUUUAAAGAGACGUGUCGAUCCAAACGGUGAACAACACAAGUGUGUCGUCGGCUGCUCACCAAAUAUGUGCAAAGGUGAAGAAUUGGAAAGAUAUGUAGAAUCUAAAGGUGGUUGGUCAAACUAUAAAAAAGUGUUCUAUGUUGGUGAUGGUGGUAAUGAUUAUUGUCCGCUACUUCAUCUACGUCAACAAGACACGGCCUUGGCUAGAUAUCCACGUCCGUUAAUAAAUAGAAUAGAAAAGGAGGGAAAUUUGAAGUGUUCAAUUGUUAAAUGGGUUGGUGCUUGGGAAAUUGAAGAAAUUGUAGACCAAUUGUAGACAAAUUGUAGAUAAAGGCUAGUAGAAGCUAGUCUACUAUUAUCCAUUCAUUCUCAAACUUCUUCUUUUGUAAUUUAUUGCGCGAAUUCUUCUGUUGACUGUAUAUUUUCUUUAUAAAGUCCGUCAAUGCAGCUAACAAUUGCUCUAAUGACUUGUAUAGCAACUCGUUUGCUUUGUUAGGAGGUAACAAACCAAAUGCAGUGACUAGCUCAGUUGAUAGCUUAUCUAGAUAACACCUCCUUGAUUUAUCGAGCUCGGCUUCUAUAGUUUUAUCUCGGAUGUUUACCAACUUGUAUGAGGUAUAUACGUCAAUAUAGACUUUGUUAAAUUUGCUAGUACUGUCCCUCUUACUUAUGAACGUCCUAAGGUUCUCCGUUGCUACUAUAAUGUCAUUUACCAUUUCGUCAUCGAAGUUGAGU